AAAGAAAUCUAAGUGUCAAUAUGAUACAAGGAAAGGUUUAAAAGGACUAGAUUGUUAUUUUGAAAAAAAGAUAUUUGAUAUGAUUCAUAGAAUGCGUGAAGAGCAAGUAGGGCCUAGUAGUUAUAACAUAAAAUUAAAAGACAGUAUAGUUAUGAAAUGGAGUAUACGAACUAUUGUAAUGUGUUUAACUCUAUCGACUGGACUAAUAUUACCAAUUUAUCUUAAAUUCCAAAAAUCAACAUCAGGGGGGGGUCCUACGAGUUCAAUAUUUAGUAGUACAUUGGGAAUGCCAGAAUACGUGUAUACCAUAUAUUGUAUUUUUUUUAUAGUAUUAACAAGUAUAAUUUUAUUAUCGAUCAUUUACACCAUGACAAAAGUUGUAAAAUAUCACAGAUUAGAAGAUGGAAGGGAUAAAUCAAAUUUUAAGUA